GUUACGGAGCAACGAAGUAACAGGCCAUACACAGAAACCACGAUGCGUUUCCUGACCGUCCUUGCUGUGUCACCUGCUCUGAUGGCUUUGCUGCUCACUGGUCAAUUUGGAACCCGCGUUGAAGGUAACUCCCUUGAUCCAGCCUGCAAGACUCCGAGUCAGCCACUUUUUGAAGAUGUCGAGAGUUUAAACAACACAAUACUGUACAUAUACAACGAAACUAGUAGGCUGUGCUCUAAUGCUCUGAUUGACAAGAACCACAACAAUACGUUUAAGUCCCGCUUUGAUUGUGUGUCUCUGUGCAAAACGGGGCAGGGGGCUGAAGGAUGUGUCGGAGAUCCAGUGAACGCCUGCAAUAAUUCCGAUAUUAAAAGUUACCUUGCAUCGAAAUUGAAGACUCCGUAUGGCUCAGGAAAUGACUCUCAAGAUAAGCUGGACGGAGAAAGCUCCACUGAAUACUUCUAUGUCCCUGGGUUGGACGAUCCAUUUGAAGCGUACUUUUACAAUGUGACUGCAGAGAAAUGUCAAGAGUACUUGGCUUACGAAUAUCCAAACAGAAGCCUCGUAACAAAUUUUUUCUUGGAUGAGGAGGUUUGUGAAGAAGAGUGCAGUGGUUUCAACACAUCGAACAUUUACGGGAACAAUAGCAACCGGAUGACUUAGGGAGCUAAAGCUCAUGGUGCUGGAUGUUUCGUCCUUCAGAUUGGUUUCCAUCCCUGCGAUUCUACGGUCAUUGUUUCACUGAACAGCAAAUAAAUAGCAUUU